AUGUCCGGUGAAGCUGACCUCACAACGCUCCUCUCAACAAUGCAACCAGUCCUGGACCCACAGACCUACGUCUUCAUCACCACAACACAACCCAUCGCAUCACUCCCACUUGCCACUCUGGAUCCACAACUGAUCGCCCAGGAAGCCGAGGGCACGACAAUCGUCACGACGGAAGCUCUAGCCACGUCUCAUGGCUUCAAGGAGAUUGUCUUUCCGUGUCGCAAAAUCUCACUGACGAUCCAUUCCAGCCUUGAGGCGGUCGGACUGAUUGCGGCCAUUACUGAUCGGCUUAAGGAUCAUCAAAUCAGCACCAAUGUUGUGAGUGGAUUUUUCCAUGAUCAUAUUUAUGUUCCUGCUGGACGAGCGGAGGAUGCGAUGAAGGUUCUGGGGGAGUUGGCUGAGGAUGCGAAGCGCAAGCGAUUUGAAUAG